UGUGGUCAUUUGCCUUAUCUGUGUAUAAUAACUGUGCUUGGAUGCAGUAUCUUACUUGAGCAGGCUACCAAUGCCCUAUUAUUUCUCUACCUUUAAAACAACCCAAACCGAAUCUUUGUAUUCUUUUGUUUCCUAACGGGAUGUCCUUAACAGAGCCAGAGGCUGGCAGCACAUUGCCGGGCAGCCGGUCCUGGCUCACUUCGCCUGCCCUGAGAACAGUCUGCACACCAAGCAAGUUAUUUGUGCUCUCCCUGGGAGGGAGUUCUAACGCACGUCCCUGUCUUCGUCCUGUGACUGAGCUCUUCACAGAACAGAUGAGUAACAAAGUCCUGAAGAAGAGAAAGGGGAGAAAGCCUGUGAAGACACACGAGACUGCUUGCAGUGGAGCAAGGUGGUUUUACGUUCCUCGCACCCAGCCCAGUUCUGCUGACUUGCUGUGGAUACAGAACCUUGCUGGUAUGACCAGACGGCUUCAGGUGCACACUCAGCAGGGCCGGGAAGGCUCUGCGUCCCAUCCCUUAAGACCAGUGGCCCGCAGCAUGACUCGGCGGAAGGGGAGAGCUCCGGAGACGGUCUCGUUCCUGAGGAGGCUCCUGCCCCUGCUCACCUUUCGCGCGUUCCCUUUAUCGAGCUGCAGAGGAGGCAGCUCCGACAGCCGACCGCCCGAGCCCUCGCUGCCGCCCACAGCACAGCGCCAGGAGCUCUGCAGAGGGGCCGAGGCGGCUCACCCGCGCUGGACGCGGCGGCCGGGGGCAGCUCCGCCCGCCCCCGCGCGGCGAGGCCGCUUCCCCGGGCGGGGGGACCCGGCAGGCCGCGGCGGUGUAGGGCGCGGCCUCCUACCAUGGGGCCGCGGGCUCCCCGCAGGCCGCCUGGAGCAGGGGGCGACCCCGCUGGGCGCUGCGCCGCACGCCCCCGGCCCGGCGGGGGUGCCGGGCCUCGCAGCGGAGGGGGCCGGGGCGCGGUGGCGGGGGGGGCCCGGUGCUUGA